AUGAAAUUGUUCUUAAUCUUGAUAAGUUUAAGUUUUUCAAUAUAAGGCAUCAGUUUGAAAUUGAAUUAAGUAGGUGGAUGUACUUGUGCAAUGGCAUCUGUAUAAACAGAAUGUAUUCCUUCAACAUGUGAUUGGGAUACUACAACUUCAAAAUGUAUUAAUAAAUCGUGUGAUAAAUUUACUAUGGAAAUGUGUGAUCAAUUACCAGACUAUUUAAAAUGUGCAUGGAAAGAUAAUUCAUGUUAAACAUUUACAAAAUGUUCUGAUUAUUCAUAUAGUGAUGGAUUCAAAUGUUUUAGAGUAGGUCCUUGUUAAGCUAUUUUUAAGAAGAAUACAGCUGGACUCUAUCAAUGUACAGAUAAAACAAAUGAUUCAAUGCAUAGUAUUGAUUCUUGCAUUGGAAUUGAUUAAGAAGGAUGUAUAGAAACAGUAUAAAAUGAUGGAAAAGUUUGUUAUUGGAAUCCAAAUACAUCAACUUGUGAAGCUUGGAGUAACAGUGCUUGUAGUAACUUUGACAAUACUGCGUAAUCUGCAUGUCCAAAGUUUUCUUGUGAUUACAAUACUGCAACAGGUAAAUGUACUACUAGAACAUGUAAUACAAUUGCUAUUGAUACUGCAUGUACAAUGGUUUGGGAUAUUACAUAACAAGUAGCUACAUAAUGCAAAUGGGCUAAUUCUAAUUGCAUGGAAUUUGAUUAUGCUACAUUGACAUAAUCUACAUGUUUAAUGGGUUCAAAUUUAUCAUAUAAGUGGAAUUCCUCCACUUCUAAAUGUGAAGUAUGUGUUCAACCAAAAAAUGAUGAGGAUACAGAUGAUACAUCAUUUACUAUUCAAAUUUAAGGGCUUUUUGCCCUUUUGAUUUUUAUAAUUAUAUGA